CCGUCUCGUCUCCCCCAUAUCAAACCGCACAGCGACUCUCUCUCUCUAUCAGUCAGAUCAGACGAACCCCUUGGCGACCAGUCUUUUCAGAAAACCCUAGCGAGAGCUUGCUUAGUCGGUGACGAUGCUGAAGUUCUCCGAUACCGUCUCCGAUCAUAUUCGUUUCCGGCUCGAAUCGGUGGACGAGUCUAGCCUCGACGUCGUCCUUCGGGAGCUCUGCCAGUUUGCUGAAUAUGGAGUUGAGGGAAGUGUUCUGCUACUCCAAAGCUGCUGGGAGUACCUGAAUCUUCACAAGGAAGACUUGAACAUGCAUCUGCAAGCUGUUCUGGUGGCAAUUUUCAAGCAUCUCCUGGAUAAGCCAAACUUUAGCACAGUUCUGUGUCUGUCAGUGAAUGGUGGGAUUAUCAAUGAAGGUUAUUUGGAGAAUCUUUCUAGUGUGUUGCACUUAUCCCUAAGCGAAAAAGUUAGCAUUGGUCUUGCUUUGUCAGACUCUGAGAAUCUUGACACAAGAAAAUGCGGUAAGAAUUUCUGCAUGGCCCAGAUUGAAGAACUGUCUGCAAAUGCUACUGCUCUGAAAUCUGUUGAGCAGGUUCAGAGUAUUCUUAUGUUCCUCCACAGAUCAGAAGACCUACGCAAGCACGUAGAUUCCUUCAUGCAGAUGCUGUCUCUAGUGCAACCUAAAGAUGAUCCUUUAUUCAUUAUAGCUCCUUUCCUCUCAGAUGAAUUGCGUGAGACUGAUACAUUUAGGAACUUGGAUGAAUUAUUUGAUGGUAAAUACGAUGAGUUUGAUGCUAUGUUGGAAGAAAUGGAGAAGGAAAUUAGCAUGGGAGAUGUAAUAAAGGAAUUAGGUUAUGGAUGCACUGUCAAUGAUUUGCAAUGCAAAGAGAUUUUAUCUCGAUUUUCACCGCUCAAUGAGGUCACUAUUGCGAGAUUACUUGGCACAAUUGCCCGUGCUCAUGUGGGUCUUGAGGACAGUCAGACUACUGCUUCAACCUUUUCUAUGGCCCUUGGUGGCAGUGCAUGGUCUGAUUUUCCAUUGCCAAGCUCCUGGAAUGUUCAAAUUCUUGUGGAUUCUAUUAAGCAGCUUGCCCCUGGAACUAACUGGAUAUCAGUAGUUGAAAAUCUGGAUCAUGAUGGUUUCUUCUUGCCUAAUGAGGAAGCACUGUCUUUUCUUAUGUCAGUUUAUCGCUGUGCCUGUCAGGAGCCUUUUCCCCUUGAAGCUAUUUGUGGGUCUGUGUGGGAAAAUAGCGAAGGCCAGUUGUCAUUUAUCAAGUAUGCUGUGUCAGCCCCUCCAGAAGUAUUCACUUUUGUUCAUUCUUCGAGGCAACUGGCUUAUGCAGAUGCAGUUCAAGGCCAUAAACUCCAGCUUGGACAUGCAAAUCAUGCAUGGUUAUGCAUUGAUCUUUUGACUGUUCUUUGUCAACUUGCGGAGAGGGGGCAUGCCAAUUCUGUUCGGUCGAUCCUCCAAUAUCCUCUAAAGUACUGUCCGGAAGUGUUGCUUCUUGGCAUGGCACAUGUCAAUACUGCGUAUAACCUAAUUCAGUUGGAGGUGUCAUUCACUGUUUUUCCCAUGAUAAUGAAAAAUGUUGCGGGCCUUGGCAUGAUCCUUUACCUGUGGCAUGUGAACCCAAUUUUUGUAUUGAGGGGAUAUGCAGAUGCUGUAAGCCUAGAUCCGGACUGCAUGACAAGAAUAUUGGACAUCUGUCAAGAGCUUAAGAUAUUAUCACCAGUUUUGGAGAUGAUUCCUUCUUUUGUUGGUAUUAGAUUGGCUGCCCUUGCUUCAAGAAAAGAGCUUAUAGAUCUUGAGAAUUGGUUGAAUACUAAUUUGAAUGUGUAUAAGCACGCUUUUUUCCAGGAGUGCCUUGAAUUUCUAAAGCAAAUUGAAUUUGGUGAGCCAUCUGCUAGAGGAUUUGAUCAUUCUGUGGGCAUUUUGAGUCUUUACGUGGAAGCAGCAUCUGUGUUUGUCAAGGUUCUCAGGGCUCAAUCAAGCAUAUUCGCAUCCCGUCAACAGAUUGAGGAGUUGGAAAGGGUGUGUGUAACUCUUACACGCUCAAAUACAAGGUUACAGAAUGGUGGGGCCAAUGAUUCUUCAACCACAGAGGGAUAUGGAGAGGACAUAGAGUCUGAGGCAAACUCUUAUUUCCAGCAAAUGUUUUCUGGGCAAUUGACUGUUGAUUCCAUGGUACAAACGCUUACACGAUUCAAGGAAUCUUCUGUGAGAAGGGAACAGUUAAUUUGCGAUUGCAUGAUUGGGAAUCUAUUCGAAGAGUAUAAAUUCUUUCCCAAGUAUCCUGAAAGGCAGCUUAGAAUAGCUGCAGUGCUCUUUGGCUCGGUCAUCAAGCACCAGCUUGUUACUCAUCUUAUGCUGGGGAUUGCGCUUCGUUACGUUCUGGAUGCACUACGCAAACCUGCAGAUUCGAAGAUGUUCGUGUUUGGAACUAAGGCCUUAGAGCAGUUUGUGGAUCGAUUAAUUGAAUGGCCGCAAUAUUGCAACCAUAUCUUACAAAUCUCGCAUAUGCGCGGUACGCAUCCUGAUAUUGUUGCUUUCAUUGAGCGGACACUGGCGAGGAUAUCCUCAAGUCAUUUGGAGUUGGAUGGAAGCCAAAAUAUCACAAGCAUUCAUCAAGGUCCAACUCAGGCCAGCUUUGGAAAUGUGGAGUUAAAUAGUGGUACCAGCUCUAUAGCCACACAGCAACUUGCAUCACAGUUUCAGCUUCAGCAAAGACAAGAGACCUCUCUUGAGGAAAGGCAAAAACCUCCUGCAGCCUCAUCAAAUGACUUGAAACCUAUUAUGGCUGCUGUUGGUAAAUCAUCUGGUGCAGUAGGCGAAUCUACGAGCAAUCAGAAGAUGCAGAUUGCUGUUAGUGCUGCACCAUUGUCCUCAUCUCCUGGAUUCGUACGGCCUUCCAGAGGAGCCACUUCUGCGAGGUUUGGCUCUGCUUUGAACAUAGAAACACUCAUUGCUGCUGCUGAGAAACGAGAUACUCCCAUAGAGGCUCCAGGAUCAGAAGUCCAGGAUAAAAUAUCAUUCAUCAUCAACAAUAUCUCAGUUGCCAAUGUAGAAGCUAAAGCAAAAGAAUUCACUGAAAUCUUGAAAGAGCAGUAUUACCCUUGGUUUGCACAAUAUAUGGUCAUGAAAAGAGCAAGCAUUGAGCCCAAUUUUCAUGACCUUUAUUUGAAGUUCCUUGACAAAGUUAAUUCAAAAGCCUUGAAUAAAGAGGUUGUCCAAGCAACAUAUGAGAACUGCAAGGUUCUUUUGGGAUCUGAGCUAAUUAAAUCAAGUUCAGAAGAGCGAUCGUUGUUGAAGAAUUUGGGAAGCUGGCUUGGAAAGUUAACCAUUGGGAGGAAUCAGGUUCUAAGAGCACGUGAAAUAGAUCCAAAAUCACUGAUUAUAGAGGCAUAUGAGAAGGGAAAGAUGAUCGCAGUUAUCCCAUUUACCUCCAAGAUUCUGGAACCAUGCCAAAAUAGUCUUGCAUACCAACCUCCUAAUCCUUGGACCAUGGGAAUUCUUGGGUUACUGGCUGAGAUCUAUUUGAUGCCCAACUUGAAAAUGAACUUAAAGUUUGACAUUGAGGUCCUCUUGAAAAACCUAGGGGUGGACAUGAAGGAUAUAAACCCUACUUCCCUUCUGAAAGAUCGGGUGAGAGAAGUUGAAGGAAAUCCUGAUUUUUCAAAUAAAGAUGUUGGAGCCUCCCAACCACAAAUGGUUGCUGAUGUAAAGUCUGGGAUAAUACCUCCAAUAAAUCAAGUUGAUUUGCCACUCAAAGUUGCUAGUCCUUCAGACUCUGCUGGCCAUGCUCAUUUGUUGUCUCAGUAUGCGGCUCCUCUUCAUCUUUCAUCUGGUUCGCUGAUGGAGGAUGAAAAGUUGGCUGCUCUAGGUCUGUCUGAUCAACUCCCGUCUGCUCAAGGACUUCUGCAAGCUGCUCAAUCCCAGUCAUCCUUCUCUGUUAGUCAGCUGCCGCCUACACCAGCACUGAAUACCCAUGUUGUAAUUAACCAGAAGCUGAGCACGUUGGGUCUGCAUAUGCAUUUUCAGAGAGUGGUUCCAAUUGCUAUGGAUAGGGCCAUCAAAGAGAUUGUGCCUGCCAUAGUUCAACGUAGCGUCACCAUAGCAACUCAAACGACAAAGGAGGUUGUUUUGAAGGAUUAUGCUCUGGAGUCAGAUGAGACACGUAUUUAUAAUGCAGCACACUUGAUGGUUGCUAGCCUGGCUGGGAGCCUAGCUCAUGUGACAUGCAAGGAACCAUUGCGUGCUUCAAUAUCUAGUCAACUCAGGAACUCACUCCAGGGGUUGAAUAUCUCUGGUGAACUUCUUGAACAAGCUGUACAACUGGUUACUAAUGAUAACCUUGAUCUUGGUUGUGCGGUAAUUGAACAAGCUGCCACAGAUAAGGCAAUCCAAACCAUAGAUGGGGAAAUAGGUCAGCAACUCUCUUUGAGAAGGAAGCACAGGGAGGGUGUGCCUCCAGCAUUCUAUGAUGCGAGUGUUUUUGCUCAAGGUUCAAUAGGUGUCCUCCCGGAGGCUCUUCGCCCCAAGCCUGGACAUCUAACGCUCUCUCAACAGCGAGUUUAUGAGGACUUUGUUCGGCUUCCAUGGCAAAAUCACUCUAGCCAGACCUCACAUUCAUUACCAUCAGGCCAUUCUGCUUCAUCUGGCUCUGUUCCUUCCAGUGCUUAUGAUUUGGCAUCCGGACCAUUGUCUGGUUAUGUGCCUUCCUCUUCAACUUCUGCCAUCGAUGCAGUGCCUCGACAACUGGAUAUUCCCUCUGAGGGAAUAGACAAUACUGCAGCUCCUUACUUCAGUACUUCCUCAACACAUAUCGGAGCAAUUGAUGGUGUUAUCCACCAGCAUGUAUCUGAGAAAAGUUCAACUACUGCUUCAUUGCCUUUGUCUGCUUCGUCAUCAGAACUGAAUUCUCUGGAAACUGCCAGCGUUGUAAAGGAAUUCAAUCCACUACAGGCUCUGCCAUCACCUGCAGCCUCUGAACGCCUUGGAAAUAGCAUUUCAGAACCUUCAUUACAGCCAAGAGAUGCAUUGGACAAGUACCAAAUUGUUGCACAGAAGUUGGAGGAUUUGAUGACAAGUGAUGCUAGAGAUGCAGAGGUCCAGAGAAUUAUUGCUGAGGUUCCUGAAAUAAUAUUACGAUGCAGAAGUAGAGACGAGGCUGCCUUGGCCGUUGCUCAGAAGGUGUUCAAAGGCUUGUAUGAGAAUGCAGCCAACAGUUAUCACGUUGGUGCUCAUCUUGCUAUUCUGGCAGCAAUUCGGGAUGUUUGCAAGCUUGUUGUCAAGGAGCUUACCAGCUGGGUUAUAUACUCGGAUGAGGAACGGAAGUUCAAUAAAGACAUCACAGUGGGUCUCAUUCGAAGCGAGUUGCUAAACCUUGCUGAGUACAAUCUUCAUAUGGCAAAACUGAUAGAUGGAGGAAGGAACAAGGCUGCUACUGAGUUUGCUAUUUCCCUGCUUCAAACUCUUGUUCUUGAAGAAUCUAGUGUUGUUUCUGAGCUCCACAGUCUUGUUGAAGCAUUAGCAAAGCUUGCCACAAAGCCUGGAUCCCCUGAUUCUUUGCAGCAACUUGUUGAGAUCUUGAGGAAUCCUGGAGCUAAUACAGCCGUUCUUGGUGGCAUUUCAGCAGGAAAGGAGGAUAAGGGCAAGCAAUCUAAGGACAGAAAGGCUCCUGGCCCAAUCAGCUCAGGCAGAGAAGAGUACAAUAACGUCGAGGUUGUGGAGCCGGAUCCUGCUGGCUUUCGUGAUCAGGUUUCAUCGCUGCUUAUGGAAUGGUAUGGGAUAUGUGAGCUCCCUGGUGCAAAUGAUGUUGCUUGUUCACAUUUCAUCUUAAAGUUGCAUCAAGGUGGAUUUCUCAAAGGCGAUGAUAUGACAGAUCGGUUUUUCCGCUGCCUCACGGAAUUUGCAGUUGCUCAUUGCCUCUCUUCUGAAGGUAUCAAUUCUGGCUCAGCGCAAUCGUCUCAACAACCACAGAGCUUAUCCUUUCUUGCCAUUGACACCUAUGCGAAGCUUCUUUUCUCAAUUUUGAAGUACGGUCCUGUGGAGCAGGGAUCCAGUAAGCUUUUGGUUUUGCAACGGAUAAUGGCAGUUACAAUCAGAUAUAUCCAGAAAGAUGCAGAAGAUAAGAAGGCAUCUUUUAAUCCGAGGCCCUAUUUCAGAUUAUUCAUUAAUUGGCUUUUGGAUCUUAAUUCCUCAGACCCUGCCGUUGAUGGUGCAAGUUUUCAGAUUCUGGUGACAUUCUCCAAUGCAUUCCAUGCUUUGCAGCCUCUGAAAGUUCCAUCGUUCAGCUUUGCAUGGCUUGAGCUGGUAAGCCACAGGAGUUUCAUGCCAAAAAUUCUCACAGGGAACUCUCAGAAAGGAUGGCCUUACUUUCAACGCUUGCUGGUGGACUUGUUCCAGUUCAUGGAGCCAUUCCUGAGGAAUGCUGAACUUGGAGUUCCGGUUCAUUUUCUGUAUAAAGGAACACUUCGCGUUCUGCUGGUGCUACUUCAUGAUUUCCCUGAGUUCCUUUGUGAUUACCACUUUACCUUUUGUGAUGUGAUUCCCCCAAGCUGCAUUCAAAUGCGAAAUAUUAUCCUCAGUGCAUUUCCUCGUAAUAUGAGGCUGCCAGAUCCAUCUACGCCAAACUUAAAGAUUGACUUGCUUGCGGAGAUCAGUCAGUCCCCUCGCAUUCUCUCCGAAGUUGAUGCUGCUCUUAAAGCUAAACAAAUGAAGGCUGAUGUGGAUGAGUAUCUCAAGACAAGGCAACAAGUAUCUUCGUUCUUGUCUGAACUGAAGCAGAGAUUACUACUUCCACCAAGUGAGGCUGCAAUCUCUGGGACCAGAUAUGAUGUGCCAUUGAUCAACUCCCUCGUGCUUUAUGUUGGGAUGCAGGCAAUACAGCAACUGCAGGCAAGGACGGCACAUGCACAGACACCAGUCAACCCUGCAUCAUUAGCUGUCUUUUUGAUAAGUGCGGCUUUGGACAUUUUCCAGACACUGAUUGUGGAGCUCGACACUGAAGGCCGUUAUCUCUUUUUGAAUGCCGUGGCCAAUCAACUUCGCUACCCGAAUACUCACACCCAUUACUUCUCAUUUGUCCUCCUUUACUUGUUUGCUGAAUCAAAUCAGGAAAUAAUCCAGGAGCAGAUAACUAGAGUGUUGUUCGAACGCCUCAUCGUAAACCGCCCUCACCCGUGGGGUCUACUCAUCACUUUCAUUGAACUCAUCAAGAAUCCAAGGUACAACUUCUGGAACCGAUCCUUCAUAAGAUGUGCCCCUGAGAUUGAGAAGCUUUUCGAGUCUGUUGCCAGAUCCUGCGGGGGCCCGAAACCAGUGGAUGAGACUGUUGUGUCCGCUUGGAUAUCUGAAAAUUCUCAUUGAGAUGACAUCUUAUUCACUACAUAACUCUCGCUUUUAAACCUAGGAACUUUUGGGGAGUCAAAAAUUCUAACAUAGGCGUCGAACAUCUCAAGAGAGUGAGAAAUUGUAAUUGGAACCCUGAAUAUAUAUUGUGCUGUGCCAUUUAUUUAGUAUGUACAUUAUCAUUAGUUGUCAUUAUUAGGACAAUGUUUAUUUGCUCA